AUGGAUCAAAAUUUUAUUAUGGAUUAUGGAAGCAACAGAAUGGUAGUCCUUUGGAAGGACUUCUGUCAACUAGCUACGACUACGGAUUUGGUGGAGUGCAAGAGUUUGAUUGGAUUGUGCAUGGACAAUCUCAGAUUUUGGGGAGCUAAGAGUGGAUCUUGGUCUGCAAGACGUUUUGUAUCUGUUUUAGACAUAAUGUCUAUAACGAUUGUAGUGGCGAAAUUUUGGGAAGAGUAA